CGCGACGGCUUCCGCGAGCGGACAUGUGACCUUUUGUUUUGGUUCCUCUUUUCGGACCUGACAGUUACAGGACUUCUCUUCAGUCUAAUGAGAGAAGAAGCAGAAUGGCCCUCACCCGCUUCGCCUUAUUCAACAUUUUGUUGUUUUGCUCCUGCGCUGCUUCACCGCCGAACUUCGUGCUCCUUUUCGCGGAUGAUUUGGGUUUCGGGGACUUGGGGUGUUACGGACACCCAACUUCACUCACUCCAAACCUGGACCGUCUGGCAGCUGCAGGACUCCGCUUCACAGAUUUCUACUGCACCAGCCCCGUCUGCAGCCCGUCCAGGGCGUCGUUGCUGACAGGACGCUAUCAGACCCGCUCAGGUAUCUACCCAGGAGUAAUAUAUCCAGGCUCAAUAGGUGGUCUUCCCCUGAAUGAGACCACCAUUGCCGAAGUGCUGAAACCUCUGGGCUAUGCUACUGCUGCUGUAGGGAAGUGGCAUCUGGGGGUUGGAUCUAAUGGGAUGUUCCUUCCAACUAAUCAGGGGUUUGACCAGUACCUGGGGAUCCCCUACUCCCAUGACAUGGGCCCGUGUCGUAACCUGACUUGUUUCCCUCCAGAUGUUAAGUGUUUUGGACUAUGUGAUGUUGGUACGGUAACGGUCCCCCUAAUGCACAACGAGGUCAUAAAACAGCAACCAGUCAACUUCCUAGAUCUGGAGAGGGUUUACAGUGACUUUGCAACCAAUUUCAUUACCACAGCAGCCAAGAAGAAACAACCGUUCUUCCUCUACUAUCCCUCCCAUCACACCCACUACCCCCAGUAUGCAGGUCCAGGAGCAGCCGGGCGGACUUUGAGGGGCCCAUUUGGAGAUGCUCUGUAUGAGUUUGACAACACCAUAGGAAACCUCCUGGCAACCUUGGAGAAGACUGGAGUGAUCAACAACACGCUGGUCUUCUUCACGUCUGACAACGGGCCAGAACUGAUGCGCAUGUCCCGUGGAGGAAACUCUGGUCCUCUGAAGUGUGGGAAAGGUACCACAUAUGACGGGGGCAUGAGAGAGCCAGCCAUCGCCUUCUGGCCAGGGACCAUCCAGCCAGGUGUGACUCAUGAGAUGGCCAGCACUCUGGAUAUCCUGCCCACAAUGGCAAGCCUGGCAGGAGCUAAACUACCUCAAGUGAUACUGGAUGGGGUCGAUAUGACAGAAAUUCUUGUCAACCAAGGAAAGAGUAAAAGGGAGACGAUGAUGUUCUACCCCACAGAUCCCAGUGAAAUGUAUGGCCUUUUUGCUCUCAGGCUAGGGAAGUACAAGGCUCACUUCUACACACGAGGUGCUACCCACAGCGGCACUACUCCUGACAAAGACUGCCCAGUAUUUGCAGUCCUCAAGCCCCAUGACCCCCCUCUUAUUUUUGACUUGGAGGCUGACCCGUCUGAGAACUACCCUCUCUUCCUGGGGGGAAGACCAGACCUCCAGGCCCUGCUGGAGAGGAUUAAGAAAGUCAAGGAGCAGUUUGAAGCCACUAUGGUGUUUGGAGAGAGUCAGAUAUCAAAAGGAACAGACCCAGAGCUGGAGCCUUGCUGCAAUCCUCAGUGUAGCCCCAAACCCACCUGCUGCCGGUGUUGAUGGGACAAUGGGGGUGCUGCACUGAUUUUUCCCAAGAUUGCUCAGUGAGAGCACAAAAUGUUGAGCUUGUAGUUAUCUGAUGAUGCAUUGCUACUUGUGGACAGUUUCUUUAACCAAUGUUCAUACUUAAAAGUACUGUAAUAUUGCAAAUAAUCUGUUUCCUCAAUGAGGAACAUGAACAUGAACAUGAUUUUAUGAAGUGUUAAUAAUUACUUUAUUUGCAAUUAAUGUGUAACAAUGUGCUGUAUAUAUUCUUACGCGCUCUCCCUGAAUUCAUGUUUUAUUAUGUAAUUUCCACUUCAAAAAUUCUUUAUAAUCAUAAGAAUUUGAAUCAUUGUAUGGAAUUUUAUGUGAAAAUGUUUUGCACACCAUUUUAAUCACACAAUUGAGAGCCGAUCUGAACAAUAAAGACAACAAUAAAGGUUUUGGA